UUACUAGCAUUUACUUUUUUUUUAAAACAUGUUUACUUAUUUAUCAUCAUGCAUCUUACUGAGAACAGCGAUGUGCUAAACAAUGCAAAUUAACAAAUAAUAUCAAGCCUUGACGUACUGUAUUCAUCCAUGUCUACACAAUGCAAUAUUCUUUUGUUGUUGUUUCAUUGCAUGUCAUUUCAGACACCUGGGCUGCAUUUCAUGUCAUUUAAAAAAAAAUGACACUUUAAUUGAUAUUUGAUACUGAGUGUGUAAAUUAUAAAGAAGUGCAUUACUGUACUUUAGUUUAAAGGUUUGUGCUGUAGUCGCUGAGGAUGUAGUGGCGGUAGCAUGGGUUUAGUUCCCAUUCAGUAACUGUAAUUAUGAGUGUGAAUCGUCUGUUUCCAUGUACCCUGGGAAGGACCGGCAAUCAGUAGUGUCGUCUCAACAGAAUAAGUAAUAUAGAAAAUGGAUUGAUGGAUGGUUUGUGCUAAUAGCAAAGCUGUAUUAGUUAGUUGACAAUUAGUGCAUUGACGUAAAAUCAUUCCAAUGAUGCACAAUAAUAUGCUUCGGUUAGUGUCCUAGAUGUAAUAAGCAGAGCAACCACAAAAAAUGGUCAUGUUGAGCUCAUCAUAAAAAUGUAGAGCACUUUCAUGUUUUGAGGUUGACAGGUGGAAAGGUACAUAUCUAAAAUAAUUUCUCCAUUAUUAGUGAGCUAUGCAAAAAAAAGACCAGUUUAAGCCAAUUAUUCCUUGACAUAAAUACUUUUAGAAUGUUAGUGAUUUGCCACAUUAAGAUGUGUUUUUAUUUUGUCACGUUGAAAUUAACUUUUGUCAUUCAGAGCAUAAAAAGGUCAGAGUAAGCUGAAUGCUGUGUUCUAAAACAUUUUUGUGUGUGUAAAGACAUACUGCAAAAAAAUGCCACAUUACAUUACGCUGACAUUCAUCAACUCACUUUUUUGUCUGUGUUGCAAAAAAAUAGGAUCGUUUGUAAAUUAAAUCCUCAAGAAAAUGUUAAUGAUGAAAUUAGUUUUAUAGACAUACUACAUUUUUCUGCCAAUUAUGGAAUAUUUCCUUUGGCCUUUCCAGACCAUGUAAAAGAAUUGGCCGUAUUAGUGUUCUAUUCAUUUGUUUAUUACUAUGGUGUACUCUGUGUAUUCCUCUUUAUUAUAUUUAAUAUUACAUUGUUUUAUAAUAUAUUUAAUUCCAAUAGUUCUUUGAACAUGCCUGUUACAGUAUUUUUAAAUGUCCUUGAGAAAUACAUUUGAUUUGGCUUGGCUUUAACACGAUAUUCAACAUUGAUUACUGAAAGAAUGAUCCGUUAACAUUCUUAAUUUAACCCUUAUAAUCAUCAUGCAUUUGAAACUAUAGAGUUCUGAAACUUAAAAUGUUGUCACAAUUAAUAAAACAGCUUAAAUAGAUCCAUUUAAAUAUAGACUUUACAAAUGCUUGAAUAAUGUCAGUUACAUCCUCCAAGGUCCGUUUUCUUUUUCAAUCAUUGUAAGCAAUUUUGGACCAUAUAUUACCGAUUUUAAUCAUAUCCAAUAAAAAAGCAUGGGGGAGCGUCCAAUCAUGGCUUGUUUAAUUAAAAAGAAUACAAAUGUUGUUGUUUUCAGUAUGUACUGGGUGUGUAAGAGGAACAAAAUAAAUCUUAUGAAGGUAAGAAAACAUCCAAGGCUCCCGUAUACUAUACUUUCUAGAAACACGGAUAUACAGUAUAUAGAUUAAAGAUUAUUCUUGAACAAAUAUUAGAUUAUCACUGUUCAUAAUUAAUUAUGAUUCACAAAAUGUCCACAAAUUGGCAAAAAACAGUCAUAAAAUUCAUCGGCCACAAGUGCCUACUUGUGGCUGCUCAGCAUUUAGUUCGGCAUUAGUUUCCAUUGCCAUGUUUUAAUUUUUUUCCCCCCCAACUAAAAUCUGAUUUCAACUUUUCGGCAUUAAAAUUGAUCUUAUUUUUUUUCAUGCAUUCUUAGCACUUGUUGUUCCAUGUUGUGGCCUCUGAAGGUGUUUGUUGUGGUGAAAAAGAGUUCAGGUCACAGUAUAUUCCUUCCUGAGGCCACUUUGUAGUUGUCCAUUGUGGGUGUCGGCAGACAUUUGUAUGUGUUGCUCGGAAGCUGAGGUUUUGAGAACAUACAGUAUCAGACAGCAUCCAAAUCACACUGUUUCCUUAAAUAUGUAUAAUAUCAUAUGAAUCUUUUAUUCUGAAUAUGGAAGCUGGUCGUAGUAAGAUAUUCCUACAAAUUGUGUCAGUGGUAAUUUAUGUAGUAAAAUCUAACAACGUAAGCAACUCUCAACUCUCCCUGUUGAGUUUUGAUGUUAACAAAUGUACCUUGAUUAUCAUAUAUACUCUUUUCCUUUAUGGAUAUGCACCAGAUUCCAUGGCUACCUGUGCAGAAUCACACUGGGUUGCUGAGUGACAGUAUAAUUGAUGUUUUGGGUUUAACACAAAUGUUUGACUUUCUGAUCCAGAAUUUUUUUGUUUCACAAAAACAAAAACACCUGUUCAACUGAAGAAUUAGAUGUUAGAGAAAGGAGGCUUUGAGAGCGGGCCACAAUUUCCUGUUGUGGCUCUUCUCUCCAGUUGCAGUCUUGCAGUGUGGGUGUUUUCUUGUUAAAUAUCUCAUCAAGACACAAGGUGCCUCACAUUUUGUCUUUGUAACGAUGAAAUUCCUGGAAAAAGCGGUGCUAAUUUGAAUGUGUUAACCUUAUGUUGGUAGGGCAAUGGGAGGUUCUCAUUCAGGGACAUAGACUAAAUUAAGCUCUAUUAAAAAUAAAAGGAAUAUUAACUCAAUUCCUAAAUCUCAAUGAAUUAAAACUUCAUUGGUGGAAUGGAAAAUGGAUGUACUGAAGUUAACGUUUGUCAGUGAUUACAUUACUUCAGAAUAAAAUAGUAUAAGAAUCACCCAAAGCAAUAAACUAUUGAGGACUAGACUCAGAAUCAUUCUCUAAUAGAAAAAUAAGAUCACAGGCUUGUCCAAAUUCUGUGAAUUUCCUAAAGACAAUUUAUAAUUUGGCUUAGUUGCUCUGCCCAGGGGGCAUUCUGUGGGGGGCGGCAAUACCCCCCACCUCCCACGUGACGAUCGUACAGGGAGGCGCCCGGUGAGACGACAGGUGGCCCGGACAGUGUGCAAGGAGGGCCCGUCAGCGAUAUAAUUCAGAAUUACUGUACCUCUCACCUACACUACUGAAAUGGUCAUGUAUACGCACACGCACACACACACACGCACACACACACACACUCUUGAAAUGCUCCACGUCAUACAGUUAUACAGGCUGUUCGGUCUCUGUACAAGCGGUGUCAGAGUUUGGUCACAUUGCCGGCAGUAAAUCGGAUUAGUUUUCAGUGAGGGUUUGACUCCACCAAGGCUGCCGUAUGUCAGUGAUUCUGUUCAUAACUUUCUUGGACAGAAUUUGUAGGCGUUGUAGGGCUCCAGUUUGGUAUCUUCGGUAUUGCAUCUCUGCUUCUUGCAGAUUAAGUAGCUCUGUUGGCUUCAUCAAGGCGCAAUCUUCAACUCUCGCUGGAGUGGUUCACAGUCGAGUGUAAAGGAGCUGGAUUAGAAUCAGCACCUCCAGAUCUGAGGCUAUGGUCCUCAGUCAGAAAAGGGUGGAGUGCCCUCUCCGGGUCAGUAGUGAGAUCCUGCCCCAAUGGAAGGAGUUCAAGUAUCUUGGUCUAGUUCACGAGUGAGUGAGUGUAUCCAUCCAUCCAUUUUCUGAGCCGCUUCUCCUCACUAGGGUCGCGGGCGUGCUGGAGCCUAUCCCAGCUGUCAUCGGGCAGGAGGCGGGGUACACCCUGAACUGGUUGCCAGCCAAUCGCAGGGCACAUCGAAACAAACAACCAUUCGCACUCACAGUCAUGCCUACGGGCAAUUUAGAGUCUCCAAUUAAUGCAUGUUUUUGGGAUGUGGGAGGAAACCGGAGUGCCCGGAGAAAACCCACGCAGGCACGGGGAGAACAUGCAAACUCCACACAGGCGGGGACGGGGAUUGAACCCCGCACCUCAGAACUGUGAGGCUGACGCUCUAACCAGUCGGCCACCGUGCCGCCGUGAGUGAGUGUAUAAAAAGAUAAUCCUGAAUUAUUACCCUGAGAGUCCCUCAUAGAGAGUGGUUCCAUGUAAAGUCUCUUAGCCCUCCACAUAACCCUGAUUCCAGGGCUCUAAAGAUCAUCUGAGCUCUCUGAAGUUUCACCAUGUCCACCGACCCCGCAGCAGAACUGCCUUUUUUCUACGGCAGUAUCAGUCGCUCUGAAGCUGAGCAGCAUUUAAAACUGGCCGGUAUGGCUGACGGGCUCUUCUUGCUGCGACAGUGUCUGCGGAGUUUGGGUGGAUAUGUCCUCUCUCUUGUGUGGAACUUGGAGUUCUACCAUUACCCCAUAGAGAAACAGCUUAGUGACACUUAUUGUAUCGCAGGAAGCAUACCACACUGUGGGCCUGCUGAGCUCUGUGAGUUUUACAGCAAGGACCCUGAUGGGCUGGCGUGUGCUCUGAAGAAACCUUGCUUACGGUCCUCGGACACACCGAUCCGGCCCAGUGUGUUUGACAGCCUGAAAGAAAACAUGCUGAGGGAGUACGUGAAGCAGACCUGGAACCUUGAGGGUGAAGCCAUGGAGCAGGCCAUCAUCAGUCAAGCGCCACAACUGGAAAAGCUGAUCGCCACUACAGCGCACGAGAAGAUGUCAUGGUAUCACGGCAAAAUCCCCCGACGGGAAAGUGAGAGGUUGCUUUACUGUGGAGCACAACCAGAUGGCAAGUUUCUGAUUCGUGAUAGAGAGGAGCCUGGUACUUUUGCGCUCUCUGUAAUGUAUGGAAGAUCCAUUUAUCACUAUCAGAUCCUCCAAGACAAGUUAGGAAAAUAUUCCAUGCCAGAGGGAUCGAAGUUUGACACUAUUUGGCAGCUGGUAGAAUACCUGAAAAUAAAACCUGACGGCAUGGUGACAAUUCUGGCCGAUGCAUGUGUCAACAGAGCUGCUGGAAUGAUACCCAGCCUCCCCGCAACUAGGCGAACAGGCCCAAAUAGCUACACACCACCACCUCGAGUUGUGACUGUGAAGGAAGUCACACCUGUGCCUGCAGAUGAUGCACUUCCGAUGGACUGCAUUGGCUUUAACCCUUAUCACAACCCCAAUGACAUUAAGAAGUUUAACAUUCAGAGGAAUCAGCUUUUCAUUGAUGAGGUGGAACUCGGCUCUGGCAAUUUUGGCUGCGUCAAGAAGGGCGUCCUGGCUGCUGACAAGCGCCAGUUAGAUGUAGCCAUCAAAGUGCUGAAGAGUGACAAUGAGAAGCUAAUGAAGGAGGAGAUGAUGAGGGAGGCAGAGAUCAUGCACCAACUGAAUAAUCCCUUUAUUGUUCGGAUGCUGGGGCUAUGCAAUGCUGAGAGUCUGAUGCUGGUCAUGGAGAUGGCCGCCUCCGGACCCCUCAACAAGUUUCUCUCCUCCAAUAAGGAUACUGUAUUGGUGGAGGAAAUUGUCAAUCUGAUGCACCAGGUGUCGAUGGGAAUGAAAUAUCUGGAAGAGAAAAACUUUGUGCAUAGGGACUUAGCAGCUCGCAAUGUCCUGCUGGUCAACCGAAAGUUCGCCAAAAUUAGUGACUUUGGGCUGUCCAAGGCCCUGGGAGCAGAGAACGAGUACUACAAGGCCCGUUCUACAGGACCAUGGCCGCUGAAGUGGUACGCGCCUGAAUGUAUAAACUACCGCAAAUUCUCCAGUAAAAGUGAUGUGUGGAGUUUUGGCAUCACCAUGUGGGAAGCCUUCUCAUAUGGAGGGAAACCUUACAAGAAAAUGAAACAAGCAGAGGUCAACAGUUUCCUUGAAAGUGGAAAACGCUUGGCGUGUCCAACCAAGUGUCCAGACCGAAUGUAUGCAGUGAUGCAAGAAUGCUGGACAUACAAACAUGAGGACCGUCCUGACUUCAAAAAGAUGGAAGAGACCAUGAGAGUUUACCAUUAUUCCGUAUCAAAAAGGGUUAAGCCGUUGGGUGCUGCCACUGCUGUGGAACCUAACAAGUAGAGAUUAUGUCACAUGGCUACACAAUGUCUCCAUUCAGCUGGUCAUUUAACAACCAAAAAAAAAGCGCUAUUUAUGAGCCGCGCAUACUGACCGGCCUUAACUCCAGCAGUGAUACAGCUAAACAGGCCUCAGUGGCCAUAAGUAAACAUUUGGAACAGGAGUGUGUUGGCUACAUGUACAGGCCUACUGGAGAUUUUUAUCUGUUUGAAUGUCUUUAAAUUACACUGAUGAGCAAACUUUUUUUGACUGUUUUUUUUCCAGUAUACUGUACUGUGAAUAGGUCCUUGGAAUUGCCUUUUGUUGUGGCUGUCUUUAAAUUAAAUGAAUAAAUGUUA